UCAUGUGAUGAGUCAUGUGACCUCAACGCGUCAACUGGCGACGAGCAGGAGCGCUCCUCUGCUGUCGACAGCAUAUCAAGGAGCAUGACCUCAAUCACCCUGCCAGAAGUCUGGACUGCAGACUCAAACAAGGCUCUCUCUGUUUCUUUGGUCAACCCCGACGGCACCGUUCUUGGCAAGGAAUUCCAUCCCAAGUUCACCUAUCCGAUCUUUGGCGACGCAGAGGCCAUUUAUGGAUAUAAAGACUUGAGUAUACAACUCAAGUUCGGCGCAACCGACCUCGCGCCGUUCCUCAACGUUUCGUAUUCUGAAAAACUUGACAAUGCGGAGGCUUUAGCUAGCGUUAUUGAGGAGGUGCAGAAGAACUUGAACGCGCAGGAGGAAAAUUGGGAGGACGCGGAGGAGGAGGUCGCGCAGGAGGACGGGGAUAAGGAGAAUGAGCAGGAUGAGAAGGAUGAUAAUGGAGAUGACGACGAGAAGCCAAAGAAUGGCGAUGAUCCGGCUACUGUCAUUAAGAAGUUUCUUCCGGAUGACAUCUUCACCAGCGAAUCCGACUGGCUCUCACAUCUCUCCUCUUCCGCCACAGAAUUCACCCCACCCGGCACACUCCUAACAUCGUAUCCCACCGACGACUCCACCUUUGAAGUCUGGAAAUGUCCGAUCUCGGACCCUCUGCAGCAGAAAAUAAACGCGCGCAUGCAGAUCUUUGUCCUGUUCUUCGUCGAAGCCGGAUCCUACAUCGACGCCUCUGACGACCGAUGGCGGAUAUACACGCUGUACUCGAAAUCCUCCGACGGCGUCUACAAGUUCGCGGGCUUCACAACAGUCUACUCGUAUCUCUACUACAAAGACGCAAAGUCCUACGACAGCUCGAAUCCCGUGCCGGACAAGGACUCGCAGGAUUUCUUCAACCUGCAGCAUCGGAAACGGAUUUCGCAGUUUCUGAUCCUGCCGCCGUUCCAAGGACACCACCAUGGUGCGCAUCUCUACAACGCGCUCAUGGAUGAGUUUUACGCCGACCCGCUCGUCAAGGAAGUCACUGUCGAGGAUCCCAACGUCGCGUUUGACGAUCUCCGUGACCGAUGCGACAUCGAGCGACUCGACAGACUCGGGAUCUUCAACGACGAGUCCUUCACCGACGCACCGGUCAGUCCCGAAUGGAUCAAGUUUGCGCGCGAGCAGAGCAAGAUCAUGCCGCGCCAGUUCGAGCGGCUGGUCGAGAUGGCGCUGCUGCGGCGGCUGAAAAAGUCAAACGCGCGGCAGUAUAAAGCGUACAGGUUGCAGGUCAAGCAGCGAUUGUACAAGCACAACCGCGAGGCACUUAAGGAUCUCGACCGGUUCGAGCGGGUGGACAAGUUAGACGAGACGUACAGGGGUGUUGAGGAGGAUUACUACCGGAUUCUGCAAGUGCUGCCGGCGCCGGAGUACGUCGAGCCGAAGAUCACGUUCAGACAGUAUGAGGAGGCGCAUGGACGGUCGGGAGUGAUUGAGAAGAGUAAAAAAGAGGCUUCGUCGAGUGGGAAGGGGAAGGGCAAGAAGAGGGCGCAGUUGCUCGAGGUGCCGGAGGAGAGCGCGGCGGAUGGCACCAAGCGCGUGAGAUUUGAGUAGAUAUUCUAGAGAGAGCUUGAAUUAAAUAAACAAGAUGUAUCAGUAAUACGCAAC